AUGGGAUUAUUAAUCUCUAAAUGCAAAGAGUGUUGUUUCUUGAUUAGAAGCAAGCCCUCUGUCUCAGUGUCAUCACAUUAGUUAGUGAACUUAUCCAACAAUCCUGCUGAAGAAACAUAAGGAAAAAUAUAAGCAUAAUAGAUAAGUUUUGCACAUGAUCAUACUCAUUCUAAUGAUUUAUCAUCAUGCUAAGUAGACAAAAAUGAGGAAAAGAAUGAGAAUGAUCUAACUUUGGAAACCAUUUCUAAUAAAUAGUUGUCCAUUGUAAGAUCACCUUCAAUAAGCUAAACAGUGCAAUUAAAAGAAGAAGAUAAGUUUAUUCUAAAAAAGUAAGACAAAUAGACUUCAGAUAAUACAAUUCAACCGCAAUAACAGUAUUAAAAAUCAAUAGAAAAUGGAAUUUUUGUUUUCACUAACAUUGAUUCAAUUAAAAUUGAUGAAUUAACCAUAUAUGUAUAGGAGGCCCUUGAGAAAUUUACAGAAUUAGUGGAUAUUAUAGAUGACAGCGACACUUACAUUCAGAAUAUGAAUAAUAUAGAGUUGUAUUUCUCGCAUUAUUUUGUGCAAAAGGUCAUGUUCAUUUAAAUUAAGUUUCAAUUUGAGUUAAGUACAGAAAUCAAUAGAUUCCUUAAAUGGUCAAACGAAAACUCUCUAUUUGAAUUUGAUUUGAUUGAAAACUACAAAUUGCAACAGGUCAAUGAAUAGAUGUCUAUUGGAGAAAUGCAAAUAAACAAACAUCUGAUGAUAAAGCAACAAUUCAUUACAUAUGUAAAAUAUACAGAAUUGCUAAAUGAAGAUUAUUAUAUUGUUUACAAAUCGAUCAGAAUACAAGAUCAAUACUAAUUGAAAAUUUUUAGGAAGGCCAAGUAGUGUUGGGGGGAUUGAGAGUCAGUUAAAAAGACGACAAAUUAAUUAUCAGAGGUUACUUAGAUGGUGAUUUUUAAAUUAAAGCUGGAUUUAACUUGACAAUCAAAACUCUAAGAGAUAAAGUUAUUGGAUGUAUCAAUAAAGUGAAGGAAUUAUUUAAUUGAGAUAAUGUAUUUUAAUUUAAUUUGGUAAUUUCUUUCAA